UGACGUAAUAGCCCAGAAGUUUCAGGAAGGUUGCUGUCAGUUACACCAGAGUGCGCAAGAAAGGUGAUUUUUUUUGUCAAAACGACAAAACAACACGCACAUUAGCUAAAAGCUGUGACCUGGGAAACGUCAACCCAAAGUGAAAAACUAACCCUGACCAGAGAAACUACCCAGGGCUCAACUUCAUGUGUAGCCCCUCGUUUGACUCGAAAUCAAUAGGGCUUUCGAGAAACAAAUACCAGAAGCACAAAACUCACUUUUGGCAAGUUACCGACAAGGGAGAGCGUCAUUUUUAAUUAGUUUUGCCAUAAUGUUGGUGACAAGGCUGUCAUGUUUGCGCAGUCUACCAGCCCUUGGUCUGCGCUCUGCAUUCAUCCAGGAAUCCUCAGCUCUAAGAAAUUUCGGCUUGAAGACCAGUCAGCCAUUACAGCAGUUCAACCAGGGAUAUGCCACCAAAGCUCGAUUUGGUUUCCGGCAUGGUAAAACAGCUAAAGAAGGAAUCAAAGAGGCAGCUUUUAAGCCAGCAAUGGAAACUGCAAUUAAAUUUGAUAAUAUGGGAAGAAUGGCCCUUGCUGGAGGAGCUGUAAUUGGUCUUGGUGCUUUAUGUUACUAUGGAUUGGGGAUGUCAAAUGAAAUUGGUGCCAUUGAAAAAGCUGUUAUCUGGCCUCAGUAUGUGAAAGACAGAAUCCACUCUACAUACAUGUACUUUGCAGGAAGUGUAGGGAUGACAGCAUUGUCUGCUGUAGCAGUCAGCAGAUCGCCAAUGCUUAUGAACCUGAUGAUGAGGGGCUCUUGGCUGGCUAUAGGUGCAACAUUUGCAGCCAUGAUAGGAGCAGGAAUGUUAGUCAGGUCAAUAUCCUAUGACCAGAGCCCAGUUCCCAAACACCUUGCCUGGAUGUUGUAUGCAGGUGUAAUGGGUGCCGUGGUGGCUCCAGUGACUCUUCUUGGAGGUCCUCUGCUGAUCCGUGCUGCCUGGUACACCGCUGGUAUUGUGGGAGGUCUUUCAACUGUGGCAAUGUGUGCCCCUAGUGAGAAGUUCCUGAACAUGGGAGGUCCAUUGGCUGUGGGCUUGGGGCUGGUUUUUGCUUCAUCAAUUGGAUCAAUGUUCCUGCCUCCUACUUCAGCUUUUGGAGCAGGUCUCUACUCUGUUGCUAUUUAUGGUGGUCUGAUCCUGUUUGGCAUGUUUCUGUUGUACGACACACAGAAAGUAAUCAAACGUGCCGAAUCUUAUCCUGUCUACGGAGUACAGAAAUACGAUCCCAUCAAUUCAUGUCUGGGAAUAUACACUGACACACUGAACAUCUUCAUCAGAGUGGUCACCAUUCUUGCAAAUGGUGGUGGCAGCAAACGGAAAUAAAACCAUGUGACUUUUUUUGGGGGGGGUGGCUAAUUCAUGGAAAGUGUGCUGUAACAUCUUACUGGAAUGAUCGCAUGCAGUUGGAAGACAGAUUUUUAGCUUUGUAACUUUUUCUUAGAAAUACAGGGUAAUAAAAUAUGUAUUAUCCUCCCUUUUGCUGUUUUAAGUAUAUCUUCAUCUGCUGUUAACUGUUUGUAUAAACUCCCGUUUCUGGUUUAUCACUAGGAUGCCGCCCCUAAUGGGAAGCAUGCACUAAAGCAAAGUCUUUAGUACGACGCAACCUGUUGAUGCAACCUGAUGAUUAGGUCUUGUAAUUCAAACUAGAAUUAAUUCUUGUUAAUUGCAGUUAUUAAACUAUAAACACAUUGUCAUUACUUUCUUGGUGAAACCUUUGAGUUUUGCGUUUUAGCCCAGGAAGUGUGUACAAUAUGUUUUUGUUUUGCAAAUGUUUAAGCAUGACAAUUGUGACAGUGAGUUAGUAGAGCAAAUUUUGAUUACUGGCCUAUCAAUCUUGUAUGCUUUUACUAAUAUUAAAAAUGUGUUUAGAAUUGAAGGGGGUUUUCAGUGUUGUGGCACAAUGUUCAAAUUCCAUGGCAAGCCUAGUAUGCUCCUUUUUUUUUUUUUUUUUUUUUUUUUUGUUUGUUUUUUUACUUCAGUUAAUAGUGGGAGAACCUAAAGUUCCUAAAUCUUAAAAUGUUGUUUGUUUUUUAUUUAUUUAUUUUUUAAUAGUUACUGAUUUUUAUUGGGCUUUGCAUUGCUGAGCAGGAUUAUAGCAGAUGUUUUAAAAUGACUGCCCUAAAACUUCAGAUGACUGUAAUCAAAUAUAAAUAUAU